CAAUCAUAUUCGUAUCUACUAGCAACAUGGGUAAAGAUCGCAGAAGCUCAGUUCGAGUAAGAGAUAUCUUAAACGACAGUCAACUGUGUCAUAUAAUCAAGAAAUGGGUCGGAGAAGGAAACUGGCAGGUGAUGAGCGCGGAGCUCAGACCAGCAGCGGUGGAAGGAAUAGCAGGUUUCCUCGGUGACCACUUUAGACUGACCGUGCGAAUCAAACUGGAAGGACGCCUGGUGACUAUCCCCUUGUUCGUCAAGUCUCUGCCGCUGAACAAUGCGCCGAAAGCGGAUUUUAUAAACGAACAUCAGUUUAACAAGAAGGAAGUGGCGAUAUUUAAAUUGAUAGACGAAAUGAAUAUAAAAGGUCCAAACCCGUUUGUGGCUAACGCACUUCUCUACAAUGAGUCCAUCCUGGUGAUGCGCGACUUGACUCCCGAAGGCUAUACCACCUGCAACCAGCUGGAGACCUUUGACCUUCCCCACGUGCUGGUCACCCUCGCCUCUGUAGCACGCUUCCAUGCCGCCUUCGCGAACCAUGAGUCCAAUAAAGGCCUCGCUCUUCAACGCCCGUACUCAAUCUUAGAAGAACAUGGCCACGUCACUGUUGAGAACAACUUUAAAGACACGCCUUGGAUUCACGCAGGGGCCAAACUUAGCGCCAACAUCAUCAAAAAUUUCUCAGAUAAAUACAGAGCCAUCCCUGAUUUAGAAGCUAAAUUGUUGAAACAAUUCUUAGAAGCUUGUAAUGAAUUAACAGAGCACAAGGAGACCUUAAACUUGGUGCUCCACAAGGAUCUUUGGGUCAAUAACAUCAUGUUCAAAUAUGAAAACGGCGAGCCGAUCAAUUCAAUCUUAGUGGACUUCCAGUGUGUGCGCUACGGACCGCCCGCUUUCGACGUUACUUUCUUCAUUUACACCACGACCUCACGGAGCUUCCGCGACCAACAUCAGGCUACUUAUCUAAAACACUACUUUGAAACCUUUACAGAAUGCUUAGACGUGCAUACCAAGUCGCGUCUUAAAGGUUUAGGGUAUGAUUUUGAAGAGUUUCUCCGCUGGAUAGAGUUUAGUAGAAGAUUCGCAGUUCUCGGCGGGCUUAUGCUGGGUCCGUACGUCCUGAUGGACCCAGAGACGGCUCGGCUGAACUUCGACGACCCGACCACGUUCGCGAAGUACACUAAUGAGGACCGCUCGGAGCCUGUGCUGGCGCACGCGCGCCGCCAUCCGGAGUACAAGCGGCGGCUGGUUGCUAUAAACGAGGAGUUUGUGGAGAGAUACGUGCGACCUUAGACUUAGAGCCGAGUAUCAAGAGUUAAA